CGGGGCCUCAAACUCCCAGGCUCGUCAGUCCGCAGUGAAGCUUCAUCAGCCUCAACUCAAAGCCCUCCUCUCCUCGUCGUCGACAGCGAAAGCAAACAAAAAAUCCCUAAAAUAAAAAUGGCCGCCGCCAUGCAAGCUCUGCUCGUGAUCGCCCUCCUUCACCUCGCCACCGCGACGCCUGUCGUUACCAAGCAUAAAGUGAGCACUUUCAGUACGGGAUUUCUGGGACACCCUGUGGGAGGCCUGGGCUAUGGAGGCCUUGGCUAUGGAGGCCUGGGCUAUGGAGGUCUGGGAGUUGCUGGUCUAGGCUAUGGUGGUCUAGGCUAUCCCGGAGCGGCUCUUGGAGGAGCCUACACGCACCAUGCAGCCCUCGGCGGACUCGGCUACCCCCUGGGCAUUGGCGCCGGUGUCGUGGCUCCCCACGUGGUGAACAGCAAAAUCGCUGCCCCGUUGGCGCCUGUUGUUGCUGCCAUCUAAAUCGUCACCGUGACUGGAGAAUUGCUAGGCGAUCGUUGACUUGCCGCACCAGCCCUGCGUCCCCUCUGCAGUCACUUCAAACAGAAGUGUUGCCUGCGGAAGUGACUCAAGGCUCCGGUGAAGAAGUGACUUGAUGAAGGUUAUGCACAGCCUCCGCCAACUACCACCCACCAAAGGGAGCAUAGGUUCACCACCUACUCCCCUCCCAUACCUGCCCAUUCAUACCCAUCCUCCCCAAGCCCUUGACUCUUACACAAAUUCUCAUCAUCAUCGGCGCAAUGGUAUCUUCUCGCCAUUUGUUAAGUUUGUGACCCCUAAUCCCAUGCCAAUUUCCUGCAAAUUACGCCAUUCGGACCCUUAAGUGCGUGAGUGUGUAAUCGUGUGACAGAGUGAGUGCGUGACGAAAGUGGGUGGGCGGGUGUGCCGGCGUCUCUCCAUAACGUUUUCUGAACUUCUCGGCAUUAACACAAAUGACGAUGAAUGAACACGACCUGGAAAACAAAAUCUACCACGAAUAGUAUAAAAUUUAUAUAUAUAUUUUAAAACCCUGACAUUUAUCGUUAAAAAAACAAAAAAGUAUGGUGGCGAGGGAAGCACGCACACGGAUUCCGAUUCUGCAAUCUGGGGGAGUAAAUCAAUCGGGCGGGUGAAAUUAGUCUGUGAUGAAAGCUGUUAACGUUAAGGAAAAUAUAUGAACAUUUAAAUCAUAAUGGGACUUAGGAAUCGACUGUUCGACUGGACAGUAACCAAAAAUAAAUCAGCUGGAUUGGGAUGAUGGGUGCUACUCCGAUGGGAGUUUGGUUCACAGGUGAAUAUAUACACGAAUGAUAUCUGGGUUCCAAACGCCCCCUCCCCCAUAUCUGUGUGUGCCCCCUUCCCCCUACACCGAGUAUACACCUAUCGUUAUUUAGCUCUUGUCAGCUCCAGAGUUUUGUUUUAACCGGUCGUGAAGUGAGGACACCUCCAAAUCAUCCUCCAAGAAUUCGAGAUCAUUGUGGAUCAAAGAUCUGGUUGACUUUGGCUCCAAAACGUUUGAUAGUGGUCGGUCGAAAAUUUUCGACAACGGAUUGUGUGCGUCUGCUAACGCCAAGGGUCAUUAACAGCUGUCGUGGUUUUGUCAUUCGCGAUUACGAUUUCAUCGGCUGGAAAUUCAGUUGCACCGUGGAUAACGGAUGUUGAGUUACGAGCGGCUUAACGAUUGAAUUACUCGGCCGAUGAGAUGGCACAGGCGUCUGUUGGAUAGUAUGAUAAAGGUUGUUAAGUUCUGGAUUGACUCGACGCGACUUGGGUGGGUGUGUUCUGGGAAACGUCCUUCUUGUGUGCCGGAUUAAAAUAAAAAUCUGUACUCACUGCC